UCAAGUUUGCAUAAAAAAAACAAAAACAAAUGGAAUCACAAUUUGAUAAUGCAGAUGAAAACUACUGGAAUCGCUCGUCGAGGGCGGCCUUUAGCUUUGACGAUGAGGAUGACAUCGAUAUUGAUGAUAUUGGCAAAAGCGGCACAAGUUCGGAUCAAACAAAGUUGAGCAGCAAAUGGGAUAAUAAUGCUAUAUUCAAUGAUGACUCGAUUUCCGAGGCUAGUUUUGACAAUAGUGCUGCGCUGGGAACACUCAAUCAUCUGUCGAUCAAAGCCAUAUUGAGUGAGGAAGCUUUAAAGCUGGUGCUGCAGGAACAAACAUUGGAUGAUCAUGUCCUGGCCAAAGGAGUGACACCAGAGGAGGAGCUGAAGCUGCUGCGACGACAGAUUCAGAGCACGCUCUACAGUCCCAAUCUGGAGGCAACGGCACAAAAGUUGCUGCAUGGAAAAUUGGCGCCACUGGAAAUGUUUAAAUCACUCCAAGAGAAACAGGAAUUGCUGGACACGCUGUUGAGCCAUGGAGGAGAUGCUGUAAUUGGUGUGCUGCUAUUCCUCAAGCGUACACUAAACUCGACACAGUUUCAUAGCAUUCUGGAGCAGCGUCCAAAGGCGUUGGAGCAUUAUCUUAGUUAUCUGCGUCAAUCUGGCGAUGUGAGCAACUAUAUUGUGAUCCUGCAACGCUUUGGACGACACCAGGAGGCAGCUCUACGACAGUUUCAGGCCGCCAUUGGCUGCAGUGAAAUGUCCACAAGGAAACAAGAAUUGCAACGACUCAUUGAUGCGUAUGCCAGCGCCGGAUUGGGCAUAAUUCCACUCUAUGAGCAAAUCUUUCAUGCCGCCCUAAAGCUGCAGUUGCUUCAUGAAAAGGAGCAACUGAGUCAUCGGUUUGGUGCACAUGCCACGCCCAUUGAACUGCUCUAUGUGUGCUGCACGCAAAACAAGAACUGGAAGGAUCAGGAUAUGCUUAAGCUCACCUCCCCACAACGCUUUGCAGCGGAUCAGGAAAUCUCAGCGGCACAAUAUGAAUGGACAGCGUUGAAUGAACGUGCCCAAGCGCAGGCAUAUGCCGACUUGGAGUGCAUCUUUGAGCGUGUCUCCACUUGGCAUCCACUCAAGUCACGGCAAUUCCACAUCAGCUUUGAUCUGUCGUUGGCUGUGCAAAGACUCUUUGAGCUGCAAGCUCCCGCCACGGUGCUACAGCUAUUUCUGUCCAAGAUGAGCAACAGCAGCGAGAAAUUGGCGCUGGCACAGCGGGUCAAGUGCAUCAAGGCGGUCAUCGAUGCGAUGGUGAGCCUGAAACAGCAGCAGGAGCUGCAGCAACUCAAGGAAUCUCUACCCGACAAAUCCGAGGAGCAAUUUUACUGUGAGAAUGCACUGAAAUCUUUGCAAAGCAAACGCUGGACAACGGACAAUAUUAAACUAAAGCUUUAAAAAGCACUCAAUUAUAUAGAUUCAUAAACUUUGAACAAUUAAAUUGUCUCAGCAAUGUUGUGUUAAAUUUUAAA